AUGUCCGCACAACCGUCGUCGGAGGACCCGUCUGCGCUGUAUGACCUGGGCGUGCUGCUGGGGCGCGGCUCGUUUGGCUAUGUGUACGCAGGGCGGUGCGUGGCGACGGGCGAGACUGUUGCGGUCAAGCAGAACGAGAUAGCCAUUCUGUCCAAGGUCUCGCAUGGGAACAUUGUCCACUACAUAGCCUCGUACUACACAGGCUCUGCGCUAUGGAUCGUCAUGGAGUGCUGCGAUGGCGGCUCGGUCACCGAUCUCCUCGACAAUCUCAAUCAUCCGCUGCCGGAACAUGUCAUCGCCUUCAUUGUCCGUGAGUCGCUCGAGGGUCUCAAAUACCUGCACAAGCACAAGUUCCUCCACAGGGACAUCAAGGGUGGGAACAUCCUCCUUACCGCUUCCGGCCAUGUCAAGCUUGCUGAUCUCGGCGUCUCGGGCCAACUCCACGACACCUUUUCCAAGCGCAACACCUUUGUCGGCACGCCGUACUGGAUGGCGCCCGAGGUCAUCAUGGAGCAGGGCUACGACGGCAAGGCCGAUGUGUGGUCGCUCGGCAUCACUUGUUUCGAGAUGUCCCAGAUGCUCCCGCCGUAUGCCUCGGUCCAUCCCAUGCGUGUGCUGUUCAUGGUGCCCAAGCGCGAUCCGCCCAAGCUCGAAGACCCCGAUGCUUGGUCGCCACUCUUUGCCGACUUUCUGAGCGAGGCUCUGACCAAAGAGCCGCGCUCGCGGCCGUCGGCCUCGAUGCUCCUCUCGCACCCGUGGGUCAAGGGCGACGCCGUCGGCUCACCCUCGGACGUCGUCCACAUCAUCGAGGAGGCCGCCGAGGCCAAAGCCCGCGCCGCCGCCGAGUCGGCUGCCGAGCUGGCUGCUGCCAAGGCCAAGCAGGCGGCCGCCGUUGCUGCCGCAAACGCCGCCGCCGAUGAGAUCGACUCGGACGAGCUUGAUGAUGAGAUGGGCACCGUCCGCCGCGACCCGGGCUACCGAGUCACCGGCCUCGACACCAUCUCCAACCAGGCCUUUGUCAUCGACGACAACGACGACGAAACAUCAUACAAUCCGGGCACCAUCGAGUUCAACAGCACCAUCGAGUUCAACACCAGCGGCCUGGCCUCUGUCACCUCGCCCAACUCCAAGGCGCUGCGCAACCUCGACGAGGACGAGCGCCUGCUGCUCCAGGUCUCGGCCGACGAUCACGAGGCGUCACUGCUGGCGUCUGCUGCCGCCGCGCCGCCCUCGCCGUCUGCCGACAGGGUCCUGGCCGCUGCGGCCUCGGCCGCCGCCGCUUCGGCUGCCACCGCAGCUCCGGCCUCGCCGCGCCUCGCCCGCGACCGAGCCUCGACCGCCGUCCGUUUCGUCAAGACGACCGAGACGAUCUCGGGUGACGACGUUGACCUCGCAAACUCGGUCCGCAUGGGCGCCACUGUCCGCCUGCCAUUCCUCGACCUCACCAUGUUUGAUCCGGACGUGCUCGUCGAGCCCGACUCAGACCCGGCCGGCUGCCGCAUGGACAUGGAGGACACCAUCAAGUCGCUCUCGCCGCUUGACCUCGACCUCACCGAUUGGUACACCGACGCAUACAUGCGCAACAUGCUCAAGACUCUGGCCGCCGCAAAGGCCCGCCGCGCAGACUCCUCGGUCCGCCCACCGCCCACCUCGCCCACCCGCCGCCCGUCCCUCGCUGCAAAGCUCGCCGCCAAGCGCGAGGCCCGCCGCCGCGAACGCUCAAAGAUCCGCAACGACCGCAUCAUCCACGACCUGCAGACCACCCUCCGCACCAUUUACCGUGUGUAAACAAACGCCGACCUACA